AGGAAUUUCUCUCAAGAGAAGCUGGAGAACUGUUGUCUGUUCCCAAGUUCUUCACUGCAUAAAGGACUGAAAACCGGGCCAGACGGUUUAGUGCCUAAAGAAGCAAGAGAGUGAAAACUGAUACACUUGUGGUUGAACUGUUUUUACAGGUAACAUGAACAUCACGGAAUAUUUCACCAGAAUUUCUUAUAAUGGCUCCUACAAAAAUCCGGAUUUGGAGACCUUGACUGCAAUAUUCCAGCACCACAUCAGGGCUGUUCCUUUUGAAAACCUCAGCAUCCACUGCGGGGAAACCAUCGAGUUAGACUUAGAACCAGUUUAUGACAAAAUAGUGAAGAAGAAACGUGGUGGCUGGUGCAUGGAAAACAACCAUCUUUUAUAUUGGGUUCUGAAAACGCUGGGAUAUGAUACCACCAUUAUAGGAGCAAAAGUUUACAGCCCAGAAGAAAAUGCAUAUAAUCAUCAUAUUAAUCACCUUCUGCUAAAGGUGGUCCUGGAUGGGAAAGCCUACAUAGUGGACGGCGGCUUUGGAAUGGUCUAUCAAAUGUGGCAGCCAAUGGAGCUGAUUUCUGGGAAAGACCAGCCCCAGGUUCCCGGCAUCUUUCGCUUCAUGGAAGACAAUGGGAUCUGGUACUUUGAGAAAAUCAAAAGGAAGCAAUACAAUCCCAACCAAAGCUUCUCUAAUUCCAAUAAUCUGGAAAAAAAUGCAUGUAAGAAAGUUUACCUGUUUACCCUUGAGCCACGAGAGAUAGAAGAUUUCAGGCCCCAGAGUGUGUAUCUCCAGACAUCUCCAGAUUCUCUGUUCGUUAAAAAGUCCAUCUGCAGCCUCCAGACCAGUGAUGGCCUUUGGGCUUUAGUUGGGUGGAAACUCACCAAGGUUAAAUACAAUUACAAGGAGAACAUGGAUCUGGUGGAAACCACAACACUUACAGAUGAGGAGGUGUUAAAAACAGUGAAAGACAAAUUCAGAGUAAUGCUAGAUCAUAAACUCAUCCCAGUUAACAGCAGCAGAUUGUCUAUGGUUUAGUUUCUUGGCCAGAAUAUAAUUUGAUACAGCUACAUCAAAUAGAAUCUCUUUCCCAGCAUCCAAUUAUUGCAAAAAAUGAAGGGCUAGGCUGUCACUUUCUGGCUAGCA